AUGCAACACGAAGAAUAUAAAAAAGCUUAUGAUGAAUUAUCCAAAAGUUUUUUCAGAGAUUUGGAAAAGUAUCAUGAUAUACAAAGACAUGGCCGUAAAUUUGGUGGUUACCAUGGUAUGAGAGGCUAUCCCCAUCACUAUAAUGCACAUUACUGGAGAAGUGGUUAUAGAGGAGGAAGAUUCUUCGUUCCAUUUUUCGGUGUAAUUGCUGGAUGUAUGGUUUACCACCAUUUUGCUGAAAAUAAGGAAAGAAGACAAAGGAGAAGGGAUAUUGAAGACAAAAUCUUGGGGAAGUUCCAAGAAUCAAAUGAUUAA